AUGGAUGCGUGCUAUGGAUGCGUGCUCUGGAUGCGUGCUAUGGAUGCGUGCUAUGGAUGCGUGCUCUGGAUGCGUGCUAUGGAUGCGUGCUAUGGAUGCGUGCUAUGGAUGCGUGCUCUGGAUGCGUGCUAUGGAUACGUGCUAUGGAUGCGUGCUCUGGAUGCGUGCUCUGGAUGCGUGCUAUGGAUGCGUGCUAUGGAUGCGUGCUCUGGAUGCGUGCUCUGGAUGCGUGCUAUGGAUGCGUGCUCUGGAUGCGUGCUAUGGAUGCGUGCUAUGGAUGCGUGCUAUGGAUGCGUGCUCUGGAUGCGUGCUAUGGAUGCGUGCUAUGGAUGCGUGCUCUGGAUGCGUGCUAUGGAUACGUGCUAUAGAUGCGUGCUCUGGAUACGUGCUCUGGAUGCGUGCUAUGGAUGCGUGCUAUGGAUGCGUGCUCUGGAUGCGUGCUAUGGAUGCGUGCUCUGGAUGCGUGCUAUGGAUGCGUGCUAUGGAUGCGUGCUCUGGAUGCGUGCUAUGGAUGCGUGCUAUGGAUGCGUGCUAUGGAUGCGUGCUAUGGAUGCGUGCUAUGGAUGCGUGUUAUGGAUGAUGCGUGCUAUGGAUGAUGCAUGCUAUGGAUGCGUGCUAUGGAUGCAUGCUAUGGAUGCGUGCUAUGGAUGCGUGCUAUGGAUGCGUGCUAUGGAUGCGUGCUAUGGAUGCGUGUUAUUGAUGAUGCGUGCUAUGGAUGCGUGCUAUGGAUGCGUGCUCUGGAUGCGUGCUCUGGAUGCGUGCUAUGGAUGCGUGUUAUGGAUGAUGCGUGCUAUGGAUGCGUGCUAUGGAUGCGUGCUAUGGAUGCGUGCUAUGGAUGAUGCGUGCUAUGGAUGCUGCUAUGGAUGCGUGCUAUGGAUGCGUGCUAUGGAUGCGUGCUAUGGAUGCGUGUUAUUGAUGAUGCGUGCUAUGGAUGCGUGCUAUGGAUGCGUGCUAUGGAUGCGUGCUAUGGAUGAUGCGUGCUAUGGAUGCGUGCUAUGGAUGAUGCGUGCUAUGGAUGCGUGCUAUGGAUGCGUGCUAUGGAUGCGUGUUAUGGAUGAUGCGUGCUAUGGAUGCGUGCUAUGGAUGAUGCGUGCUAUGGAUGCGUGCUAUGGAUGCGUGCUAUGGAUGCGUGUUAUUGAUGAUGCGUGCUAUGGAUGCGUGCUAUGGAUGCGUGCUAUGGAUGAUGCGUGCUAUGGAUGCGUGCUAUGGAUGAUGCGUGCUAUGGAUGCGUGCUAUGGAUGCGUGCUAUGGAUGCGUGCUAUGGAUGCGUGCUAUGGAUGCGUGCUAUGGAUGCGUGCUAUGGAUGCGUGCUAUGGAUGCGUGCUAUGGAUGCGUGUUAUUGAUGAUGCGUGCUAUGGAUGCGUGCUAUGGAUGCGUGCUCUGGAUGCGUGCUAUGGAUGCGUGCUAUGGAUGCGUGUUAUGGAUGAUGCGUGCUAUGGAUGCGUGCUAUGGAUGAUGCGUGCUAUGGAUGCGUGCUAUGGAUGCAUGCGUGCUAUGGAUGCGUGCUUUGGAUGCGUGCUAUGGAUGCGUGCUUUGGAUGCGUGCUAUGGAUGCGUGCUCUGGAUGCGUGCUAUGGAUGCGUGCUCUGGAUGCGUGCUAUGGAUGCGUGCUAUGGAUGCGUGCUCUGGAUGCGUGUUAUUGAUGAUGCGUGCUAUGGAUGCGUGCUAUGGAUGCGUGCUAUGGAUGCGUGCUCUGGAUGCGUGCUAUAGAUGCGUGCUAUGGAUGCGUGCUAUGGAUGAUGCGUGCUACGGAUGCGUGCUAUGGAUGCGUGUUAUGGAUGAUGCGUGCUAUGGAUGCGUGCUAUGGAUGCGUGCUAUGGAUGCGUGCUCUGGAUGCGUGUUAUUGAUGAUGCGUGCUCUGGAUGUGUUAUAUAGAUGCGUGCUAUGGAUGCGUGCUCUGGAUGCGUGCUAUGGAUGCGUGCUAUGGAUGCGUAUGCGUGCUAUGGAUGCGUGCUCUGGAUGCGUGCUAUGGAUGCGUGUUAUUUAUGAUGCGUGCUAUGGAUGCGUGCUAUGGAUGCGUGCUCUGGAUGCGUGCUAUGGAUGCGUGUUAUGGAUGAUGCGUGCUAUGGAUGCGUGCUAUGGAUGCGUGCUCUGGAUGCGUGUUAUUGAUGAUGCGUGCUAUGGAUGCGUGCUAUGGAUGCGUGCUAUGGAUGCGUGCUAUGGAUGCGUGCUCUGGAUGCGUGCUAUAGAUGCGUGCUAUGGAUGCGUGCUAUGGAUGAUGCGUGCUACGGAUGCGUGCUAUGGAUGCGUGCUAUGGAUGCAUGCUCUUUAUGCGUGCUAUGAUGGCCGCGAGUGGUGA